AAUAUGAAAUAAAAUAAAUUAUAAGAAGAUCGAAUUUAGAACGUGCCUUUGAACUAAACUCACUUCAAUUGAUUAAAAAUAUUGAAGUGGAAAAAUUCGUAAAAUGCGGCGAAAAGGAACAAAUUUGCUUUGCAACUUCAUAUUGCAGUUACUGUUUAUCCUAUACAUAAAAAACAGUUUCGCAGAAGCCGAUGCAGUUGCACAAUUACCAAAUGACCAACAAACAUAUCAACCGACCUACAAUAAGGAUUAUCAACCACGUUACAAUCCAUUGUAUACGAACACACAACAAAAUCCCGAGACUUCAAUAUAUGAAAACCCACUACUGCCUUCACAACAAGAUUUGCAAAAUCAACAAGGUGUGUUGAUGCCGAAUCAAAAUAAUUACAAUAGUUAUUAUGAUCAACCUGGUGGCAAUCGUCAGCUGAACACAAAUACACUAGGUGGCACCAAUGCAUACGAUCCAUUCAAUCGUGCCAAUACGCAAGGCAAUCCUAAUUAUGGCUAUAUUGAUGAAUUCACCAAUGAGCAAAACUUUUGCCCUGAGCAUUGGAUAUCUUUCCGACAAGCUUGCUAUCGUUUUAUACGAUCUCCGAAACGUAAUUGGUUGGAUGCCAAAAAGAUAUGCAAAGCAUACAACUCGGAACUUAUCAACAUCGAUAACGUGGAUGAGCACUCCUUUAUACUUAAAGAGUUAAUUGUACAAAAUCAGCCACAAAAUCGCUUUUGGAUUUCGGCACGUCAAACAGGACCUAAUUCCUGGGUUAACGAUGAUAAUUCACAAUUCUUCUAUCUUGAGGAUUCUUUUGCGUUUGAUGAGGAACAAGCUAUUGAAAAUGAAGAUUUGCAUGAUAAUCGCUUUUUGGUACACAAUGCAAAUAACUUAAAUGAUAAUAAUCGCAACUUUUACAAUCAAAAGUUCAAUACCGCAGCUGGUACGAGCAGCAAUAAUUUGAGAGGAUUUUUAGGUCAAAAUUUAUAUGGUGAAAAUGGUUAUGUUAAAGAUCGCGUUGUGUAUGCUUAUUCCCGCAAACGUGAUCGUUGGAUGUUUAUGCCUACAUAUGACGGUGAAUUGAAUCUCUUCAUUUGCGAAUCAAGAACUCUCUAUAAUCCGGAAAAUGUGUUUUUAAAAAAUGAUGACAAGCGUCCAUUUGAUUAUGGUCUCUAUGUGAUUGAUAUUGAAAGAAUUCCGCGUGGUCCUUAUUUCGUAAAGCAACCCAAUGAUACCGUCUAUGACACAUACAAAAAUCGUAUGAUUAAUGAUGUUACACUGGGUUGUCUUGCUUUAGGUUACCCAACACCUACAUAUACUUGGUACAGGGAAAUAUACUCUAAUGAUACUUUGGAAUAUAAAUUAAUUGAUCCACUUAAGAAUGAACGUUAUACUGUAUCCGGUGGUAAUCUUAUUAUCUAUGAACCACGACAAGCACUCGAUCAAGGUGCUUAUCAUUGUGUGGCCGAAAAUAAAUUUGGACGUGUGCGUUCUGAGAGCGCCAAUUUGAAUUUUGGUUUUAUUAUGGAAUUCAAUUUAAAACGUUCCUCUGAAACGGGUGAAAUGAAUUGGGGAAAAUCAAUAUUUUGUGAUCCACCGCAACAUUAUCCUGAUGUGAAAUAUUAUUGGUCACGUGACUUCUUUCCAAAUUUCGUUGAUGAGGAUCAGCGCGUUUUUGUUUCAAAUGAUGGCGCUCUAUAUUUCUCCUUCAUAGAAACUGUAGAUAGAGCCAAUUAUUCAUGUACAGUACAAACUUUAGUUGCGGACAAUGGACGUAAUGGACCAUUCUUCCCCUUGCGUGUGCUGCCUAAUAGCAAUUAUCAGUCACUCAUUUUUGCAAAUUCGUUUCCAAAGGUAUUUCCCGAAGCUCCAGUCGCUGGUGAUGAAAUACGUUUAGAGUGCAUGGCUUUCGGUUAUCCAAUUCCAGCAUAUAAUUGGACUAGACGUGGACUACCGUUGCAACGUAAUGCUUUUACCACAAAUUAUAAUCGUGUGCUGAUCAUACAAAAUGCUACAACGCGAGAUAAUGGUGAAUAUUCUUGUACUAUAACAAAUCCAAGAAGAUCCAUAGAAAAAUCGGUCUUUAUAAAUAUACAAAUGAAACCACAAUUUACCAUACCGUUACUGGAUAAAAUCAAGGAUUAUAACAGUGAUGUGACUUUUAUUUGUGAAGCAUUUGCUAUACCCGAUGUUAAUUAUACUUGGUACAAAAAUGCACUACGUCUUGAUCCUGAAAAUAUAAAUAAGGAUCGUUAUAUAAUACAGGAUAAUUUACUGACAGUCAAAUAUUUGGAUCCUGAUAAGGAUGAUGGCAUGUAUCAAUGUGGUGCUACAAAUCAAUUAAAGACUGCAUUCUCUUCCGCACAAUUGCGUGUACUCUCAAUGAAGCCAUCAUUUAAGAAACACCCACUGGAAGCUGAGAUUUAUGCCGCCUACAAUGGAAACACCACAAUUGUGUGUAACCCAGAAGCCGCGCCACGUCCGAAAUUCGUUUGGAAAAAAGAUGGGCAAGUUAUAGGAUCUGGUGGACAUAGACGCAUACUACCAAGUGGGACACUUAUAAUAUCUCCAACAUCACGCGACGAUGAAGGCACCUACACAUGUGUAGCUUCCAAUCAAGCUGGUUUUGAUGAAUCACGUGCGCGUCUUAUUGUUUUGCAGGAGAUACGUUUCAUACAGACGCCACCAUUACGUAUCGUUACCAAAGAGCAUGACUUGAUCUACUUGCAAUGUGAAGCUUCUUAUGAUGAACUUCUCGAUAUUGCGUAUGUAUGGAAGCGUAAUGGUGAAGUGUUGAAAAAUAAUCACGACGGCACAGAACGCAUAAUUAUUGAUUAUAAUCGUAUGACCGUACAUAAUGUGACAAUGUUAGAUGGCGGUGAAUAUGAUUGUGUCGUGAAAUCUGCGGUAAAUGAAUUGAUUGCGAAAACUUCUGUUGUAAUUGAAGGUGCACCUGGCGCACCGGGCGGUGUUCAGGUUAUUGAAGUCGGCAAAACAAAAGCAUUAAUUGAGUGGGUCGAUGGUGCAAAUAAUGGACGUGCUAUACGUUAUUACAAUAUAUUGGGUCGUACUAAUUGGAAUCGUACAUGGGUGAAUGUAUCGACACAUUUGCAAGCACGUGAAGUUGAUCGUUAUACAGGACGUCAACAAGCCGAAGUAACUAAUCUAACACCAUGGUCCUCUUAUGAGUUCAGUGUAACAGCAGUUAAUGAUCUUGGCAUUGGCAUACCAUCAACACCAUCACCAAUUUAUAGCACCUAUGAUGAUAAACCAUAUAUAGCACCUAGAAAUGUGGGUGGAGGUGGUGGUAAAAUAGGUGAUCUUACUAUAAAAUGGGAUCCUCUAUUACCGCAAGAACAACAUAGUCAUGGUAUACAUUAUAAGGUGUUUUGGCGUUUGAAAGACAAACUGGAAUGGGCAAGCGAUGUUCGAGAACAUCAGCAGAACGUUGGUGUUGCUGUUGUUAACAUACCAUUUCAAAACUAUUAUACUGAGUAUGAAGUUAAGGUACAAGCAAUUAAUAGUGUUGGCAAAGGACCUGAAAGUGAAUCCGUGAUAAUAUAUUCUGCAGAAGAUAUGCCACAAGUGGCACCACAAAAACCUAUUGCCUAUCCAUACAAUUCCACAUGUUUCAAUGUCACUUGGCAACCAAUCGAUUUGACACGUGAAAACAUACGUGGUAAAUUAAUAGGACACAGAUUAAAAUACUGGAAGACCACUCAUCAAGAAGAAGAUGCUGUAUAUUAUUUAUCACGUACCACAAGAAAUUGGGCUACGAUUGUGGGUUUGCAACCGGAUACUUAUUAUUUCGUUAAAGUCAUGGCUUAUAAUGCUGCUGGUGAAGGUCCUGAAAGUGAACGGUUUGAAGAACGCACAUAUCGCAAGGCGCCACAAAAACCACCAUCAUCCGUACAUGUAUAUGGCAUUAAUCCAUCUACGAUACGAGUUGUAUGGCGUUAUAUAUCACCAGCACCAGAUGAGGAGCCAAUUGCUGGCUACAAGGUUCGUAUUUGGGAGACAGAUCAGAAUAUGAUUACCGCCAAUGAUACUAUAAUACCAGUUGGAGAAAAAUUAGAAAUCUAUAUUAGCAAUCUAACACCCGGAAAAAGCUACAAUAUGCGUGUGCUAGCUUUCAGCAAUGGAGGCGAUGGUCGUAUGUCUAGUCCAACUUUACGUUUCCAGAUGGGUAAAACAACACGUAACCAUUCCAAUAGACGCUAUGCAUACAACAUUAAUACCGCUCUGAUUGUCACCAUAAUCACCUUAAUCACAACUUAUAUGUUUAAAAGUUAGCUAGAAACAUAUUAGAAUGUCUUUUAACGGUCGAAAAUUUAAAAUUAUUCAAAUUAAUUGAAAUUUGUAUACAUCUAUAGAUAUGUGUUAAAAGUAUAUAUUUAUUUAUAUAUACCAGAAAGUACAUUCCGUAGAUUUAUAGUUAUAGUUUAUAUAUAAGCCAAGCUUUAGUUUAUCUGAACAUUUAUGUUGCAACGAUUCCGUCUAUUUUUAUUAUACGAGCAUUUGUUUAUUGUAUCGUAUAUUAUUGUAUUUUUAUCGACUUUAUUUUUUAAUUUCGAAUAUAUCAGUUUUAUAUAAGUUUUAUAUACUUUUUAUGUAUUCAAAUUUAUUUUAUAUAUUAUUUACAACUAAUCAAUGUAGAAUAGUAGGUUAGAUUAUACGGCUGUCGACCAUCUACGAUACACUUAGGUCAUUUACUGACCCAUUGUGUUACCGUUUGUAUUAAACCGUCCUUCCAUCUUUUUCUAUUUUGAAAACCAUUUUAAUUAUUUAAUGAGUUUUGCUAAUUUUUCCAUUGUAGUCUUGGAAAAGAUUCAUAGGCUGUCUGUUGAUAGCAUACCUAGAUUAUAUAAUUCUUGUGUAACAGUAAAGUGGCCUUAAAAUUGUGAAAAACUAAUCACAUGCAUAUUGUAUAUGUAAAAAAUGAAUAAUUAUCGAAUAAUUUUUACUAUAAAUUUAUUAAAAUAUUUUAUAUAUCAAAAAAAAAAAUUUAUAUAGAUAAUAGAUUUGGUCUAUAAAUAGUAUAUAGCAUAUAGAGAAAAAAAAUUAUAUUCUUAUCCUUAUCAGAUAUAAAAUUUCGUCCAUUCUGUCAAAUUUACAUCCAUAUAUAUUAUAUACUAUUACAAUAUACAAAGUUUUUAUAUCAAUUGUGUAAUAGAACGUAAACAAAAUAAAGUCAAUGUUUUAAAAU